CGCAGCAGCCGCUAUGAAAACGCCAGUAAAACUGACCAUUAUCAGCUUAGAUUGAAUUUCGUUGGCCUUAACAGUGACCCUAACAACUUGCCGAACAACCAGUAGUCUCUGGACAUUGGCAUGUGUUCAGACAUUGCUUUUCCUGACAUAUAUGUUUGUCUUGCCUAACACUAUUAAUCCAUCCCACCUUUGUAGAACACAACGCUUAUCUGGAUCAAUGGAUGUUUUUUAAUGAAGGCUCACUGACAGAACUUUGCAAUUACACAGAAUAAGAGUAUUCAUUGGUGUAUUUUUAUAGGAUUUUUUUAUCCAAACAUUUUUCAUACCUGACAUAUAUUUACUUCUCCUUUUUUGCAGUCUGGAAAAAGACAGCUCCAAAUUUUAGUUGAAUCUGUAGUCGAUCACACAACUACUUUUUCCAUUUUAGACAUGUUUUCCACGUUAUGUUAAUGCUGUCGCUCAGACUUUUUGCCACUCAGUUGGUGUAACCGCAGUCACUUUCGCCGAAGAUGAUGUCACGUGCAUACCCUCUAUAGAGUGAAUGAGGGCACAGGCAUAGAUGUCUGUGGGCACAGGAAGCUAUUUCUGACAGCCAUAGACUGAAAGCCAACGCAAAUUAAGAGAUGAACUUAGCAGUGCGUUGCUGCUGCUCUCUAGUGGCAGGCGGAUAUAAUGCAAACCCUGCUGGAAAAAAACAGCAUCAAACCAGCAUGGACCAGCAUUGGAAUUAUGCUGGUCUGUGCUGGUUUAGCUGGUUGUCACCAGCAUACCAGCACCAAAACAAAACAUAUUCUGGUCUUGCUGGUAUGAUCAGCAUGGGAUGCUGGUUUGGUGCUGGUUUAGCUGGUGCUAAUGCUGGUGCUGGUUUAGCUGGUGUUCACUAGCAAACCAGCACCAAAACACAACAUAUGCUGGUCUUGCUGGUAUGCUGUUUUUUUCAGCAGGGAACCUGUAGGAUUUGAGUGACUAUCAUGUUUCUUUAACAGAAAGUGACAUAUUAAGGUCUUAUUUGCAGUUCAACUUUGCCUUCAUCAGCUGGGGCCUCAUUUAUCAAAUGCUCUAUAGAAAACAUCCUAAAUUUGAUCUCACAAUUAUUUCUAAAGAGUGUGAAGUUUGAUUCAUUAAACGAACGUGCACACAGAACGCGCGUAUAGAUAUGAAAUCUGUAAACCGCAAAUGAUCUUGAACUUGUGUGCAGCUGAGCAGUUUCAGAUCUCUGCAUUUAAAUGAUGCCCAAUAAAUAUCAUUGACAUAUAAAAGAGCGCCUGUCAAUGUUUAAAUCCUUUUCGAAAAGCAUGGAGCAAUCGGAUAAGGAAAAGUGCGUACAUCUGCUCAGACCCAGACAUGGCGUUUUCCACGUCAAAGACAGUUUUAAUAAAUAUGGACUUUGCAGUGGAUUUUUGCAUAUGCACGCUUUAUGAUCAAAUCUAUGCAUACACACGCUUUAUAAAUGAGGCCCCAUGAUCUUUGCUUUUUUGAUAUUGACCUCUUAGCAUCACUUACAGGCUUUUUUAGGCUUUCAUUUUAAAUGAAACCGAUACAGUAUUCAAGUGUGCUGACAUGUCUACUUCUAAAAUGAUGGGUUCAAACUGAGUGUUUGUGCGUGCGUGCGUGUGUGUGUGUCUAAGCUUUCUCUUCUAAAAUAAUUUUAUGUGACUUAACCCAUCUGCCCAAAAGUUCAGUCAUCUAUCUUACUCACAGUGUCUUAGUGACAUCUCCAGGGGUUUAUUAGGCCAUCCUCUUCAUCGCCUUCUUUCACAGGCACUUCAAAAGAACAGAUCUGAGGCCUGUGCUAUUGUCUUACUGGCCUAUUGACACAGACAGUAGAGAAGCGUGGGCACAAGGGGACUGUGGACUUGGAUUAGAUGAUGAGGGACAGUCGCAUUUGCCCCUAAACACAUGAACUGCAUUGAAUAUUUACACUUAUCUUGUAGAGAUGAUACAGACCAUAAUUCAUUUGUAUGAUAUGAUGUAUCUAUGUACUUUUGUGCCAGUCAUACGGAAAUGUUAAUAUGUGACAGGGUUGUCUCGUCCAGAUCUGUUUUCCACAUCUGCGAGCGCGAGUUGCUUGACCGUUUGUUUCGCUUUAGAGUCCAGACAACUGAUCUUUCCAUCUAAAACUCCUCUGACAGGGGGAGGAGGCUGAGCAGGACGAUAGGUAGCCUUGCUCUCAAUGAGGAGCGGAGCUCAAUUAGCAUUUCACAAGUCCCCUUUUUCCUUUUCUAUUGCAACCUUCCCCGUGGUGCUCAUGCUUUUUGCGGGGAUUGUCCUGUUUCUGGCCCUUGUUGCCGUUGGCAGGGUGACAGUAUUCGAGUGUGCAAACUUGUGCUAUUGUCCCCAAGCCAGAAGGAGCCAUGGAGACCCCACUAAUAUGACACAGGAAAAUGUUUGCUGAUGGCAAUUCUAUGGGCUUUGUCUAACUCUUUCUCUUUCAUGACGACUCGAUUUAAGUCUCCAAAUGUUUGACUACAAAUGCAAGAGUGCUAUCCAGCUCCUCCGCCUUUGUCCCGAGUGGUUUGAAUGAGUAAUUCAGCUUUUGUGUCGCUCGAUUGAGGGGGCAAACAGAAAGACAAGAUUCUUGAGCGCUCAAGCCCCCUUUCCAUGGUUAUGCACCCAUCUCCUUAGUGCCCCUCCUCCCCCAAAAUCCCGCUUCUUCUGACAUGACAUCACUCUAAGGUAGAGAACUUAAGAUCAGUUUUCAAAAGUGACCCAAAGCGAGUCUUUAUUUAAGCCGCAUGUCUUCCUGCACCGACGAGGCAUGGCAGAACUCUCGUUCCUAAACCACAUUUGCCUAAAAAUUUUGCCUAAAUAGAAUUCUGUGAGCGUGGGGGUGUGAGACGAAGAAAUAUUGCAUCUGUUUGCGAUUUUCCCUAGAGAAUUUCCAUGACAACAAUUUGGGAUGGCAAAGAAUGCAACACCGGGGAUCUCGACGGCUCACUGGGGUGCAUUGUGAGCAAAAUAAGGUCGCUGAUUGGUUCAAGGAGAGCACCAUAACUGUCUACAGCGAGUCUGAAUUCAUUCAGCUUCAGCUGCUCUAGGAGCCACACGAGCUGGACGUCAUUUAUUUAAAAAUAUAGACAGAGUGUGCUUUACGAGAUGCAAAACAAGGAUAAUGCGCCAUUUGUGGACAUUAUGGUAAAUAUGGAUGAAGUCCCUUACAGGAGUGUCGAUAACAACACGCUUUUAACACAGAAGUUAGAUUUGUGUCAUUUGAAUGGAUGAGAUGGCAAACUCUGACAGCGAGGUCAAAACGCUUCUGAACUUCGUCAAUUUGGCAUCAAGCGACAUCAAGGCAGCGCUUGACAGAUCGGCACCCUGCAGACGCUCCGUGGACCACCGGAAAUACCUGCAGAAACAACUCAAGCGAUUCUCACAGAAAUACGCCAAAAUACCACGCUGUCAUUCACACAGAACGAGCGAGCCGUUGAAAAUAUCCCAGGAGAAAUCUGCUGCGUGCGGACACGAGGAAACUCGAUCCAGGGAUGUGCGAAGCUUGACUGACAGAAGAGAUUCGAGUUUUGAGGAAAAACAUCUGAACCUGGAUUUGAAUACGACCUCUGAGGAUGAACCGCGAUCGGGUCACGUGCCCAUGCGCAACAGGCAGCUGCCGGCGUCUUUCUGGAAGGAACCGCAUUGCUCCUCGGGCAGCCGAGAACAAUGGGAGCAUUUCCUUAAAAAUAAUACCAAUGGGACUGUACACAGCAGAUCUCCGGUACAGAACGGCGAGAGAAUAAAAAUGAUUUAUCAAGACUUAAAACCAGACCUGUUGUUGUCCAGUGAUGUGGAGCCGCUGAGGACUGUGGUGUGCGCGUGCUGUGCGCUUGAGUACCGAGGGCAUCACGCACGCUUUCUCGCGCCUCACGCUGACGCGCCGUUCAUCAGGAACAAAACUUCAGAGACAAAUAUCGAAAUAUCUCACAACUUUCUCGAUGGACUUCACAGCAACACCACACACGUGGUCGUCAAGCCGAUUCCCACUAAGCCAGCUGUUUCCUCUUCCAUUUUCAGUGUGUUUGGCUUUAUUUAGCUUCCUGUCAGAUAAGAGACUACUAACUUACUAUCAUUUAUUCACAAUAACGCACCGCUGUCACAUGCUAGGCUAGGUGAUCACAUUUUACACACGAGGGGCAGUGUUUAAAAUUUCCUCUCAAAGCACUUAAAAUACAAAAGUAGCAAGAAUAAGCGCGUGUUUGUAUGCUAUGAUUUUGAGAUUUUGUAUGGCUUUAGUUUGUAUGAUUUUUUGCAGGUUUUGUAAGGAUUCAAGUUAAACUAAACAAGUUAGGGUUAGCACACAUUGCCUUCCUUGAACACAAAACUCGUUUUCUGAUUGCUGUAUGGUAUCAAAGUGUGCUGCAUUUAAAUACAUAUGGUUUCACAGACAAGGCUUAGCUAAAGCCAGGACUAGGUCUCAGUUAAAUGAAGGUGUUUAAGUAUCUUUUAUAAACACGCCUUAGAAAAAUUUGUUACUGGUGUGUAUCUUGAGACAAAUCAAUGGCACUGGCAUGUUUUAAGAUUUCUCAGUGUAAGUUAUUUUCAUGUUUUAGUCUAGGACUAGCAUUAUGUCUUGUCUGUGAAACCGCGGGAUAAUGUCUUUAUUGUAACCAUGUAGAAAGUGAAUGUCACGUUGUUGAUUAGAGAUUUAUUUAUUACUUCUAUAGAUCUUUUUCUA